CGCAGCGACGGAUUACUUGGUGUACGGGAGUAGCGGGCGAAGAUUGUCAUCACUUUCGGCCCCAUUGGAGGCAUAAUUUACAUCAUAGGAUGCAGACAAGGUCGAGACAUCAGGCCCAAGCUUCACGUAUGGCGUCGCGUCGAGGAGCAGGCAUCGGAGGGUCCGCAGCUCUGUCUGAUUUGCCCGUUCCCCUUCUCCGGUUCUCGAUGGAUGUCAAUGCCUUGGACUACUGCAGGUUUUUGUUAGUGCCUUUGGCCCCGAAAGAUGGCACGUCAGGCUCAUCGUCCAAGGACCAAUCCGACAGGGCCCUUAUUGCACUCCCGAAUUUAAUCGGAUCUCCAGAGGCCGAUUUUUGGUCUCUGUCAUCUCGCAGUCGAGUACACACUGCAAUAGGGAAGCAAGAAAGCAACGGUCCCGUCCUUUCUACGGCGCGCGCGGGAAUCAGGCGAUUGUUAUUAUAAUGUCUCUUCAUCUGUUUGAGCACGAUGGCGCUCUCCGAAUACUCAUAGUGCAUGAAAACGUAAAUGUGACAUUGCGGGAGUUUGUCAAGUCGAUAGGACAACGUCCAUUG